GAUACCAAAAGCUCUGGAGAAACAAAAGUUCUCUAUAGCCGAUACCAGGCUGUGCGUCUGUCGUCUUCGUGCGUCUGGACGUAGUCUGACACUCCGACUCGGACUUGCUUCUUGCCGUCGACCUUCACUACGGAGUGUGGACUGCUGAUCCGCAAGUCCCAAGUAUAGUUUCAGGGGACUGUCUUCUUGCCGUUUGUCGAUUCACAAGUAUAGUUUAAGAGAAGGAGCUGCACCCGACUAAAGGCCUAUGAGAGCUCCUAGAAUUAUUGAGGUGUGGAAACUGGGCACUUUCAAUUACCUCGAGGCACUUAAGCUGCAAGAAAAGCUAGCAUCUGAUAGAAAAUCCCUUAAAAUAAAUGAUACCCUUUUGUCCUUGCAACAUCCUCCCACAUAUACCCUCGGCAAAAGGAGAACUGACCAUAACCUAUUAAUUCCUCAGUCGAAACUCGAAGCCAUAGGAGCAAAACUUCACUAUACUCAAAGAGGAGGUGACAUUACUUUUCAUGGCCCUCGCCAAGCCAUACUGUAUCCCAUUAUUUCUUUGAGAGAGUUUGGUCUUGGAGCUAGAAAGUAUGUGGAGAAGCUUGAGUUAACUAUGGUUGAGUUAGCGUUGAAAUACGGCGUGAAAGCAGAGGGUGGAAAGAGAGUAGGAGAAACUGGGGUUUGGGUUGGGGAUAGAAAGAUAGGGGCAAUUGGAGUACAAAUUUCAUCUGGGAUUACCUCACAUGGACUGGCGUUCAAUGUCGAUCCCGAUUUAAACUACUUCAAGAAUAUUGUGCCUUGUGGGAUUGUGGAUAAGGAGGUCACGAGUUUGAAAAGAGAGGCAAAGGUAGAGCUUCCUGGUGAAGAUGUGAUUGAGGAAGAGCUCAUUUCUUGCUUUACUAGAUUGUUUGGUUACAACCAUGUUGUUUGGAGAGAUGUUUCAUCCUUACCCCCAUUUGAUGCUUAAGAGUUCUGUCUCACAACACUCAAAAUGUAUGUUGCACUGUUGCAGUAAAGUAACUACAGGAGGAGCUACUAAUAAGCUCCUAAAAGUCUAUCACAUAUUCACAUAGCUCCUACAAUUCUGGCUAUCACUUAUCAGUAGAACUAGCAAUUAUAUAGUUAAUGCCUUGGACAGAGUGAAACCAUACCCUCCCCAGAUCUGUGGUACGAUAAAGUGACAUCUUAACAAGAGUGCUAAGGUGAGACAACAAGCUGCAGAUCUGAUAUCCAGAAUUGCAGUGGUCAUGAAACAGUGCUAUGGUGAGGAACAGUUAAUGGGCCAUCUGGGUGUCGUCUUGUAUGAGUACUUGGUAUGACUAAGAUGACAACUGCAAUCGAAGAUCCACUGCCUGGAUUAACCCCUAUUUUGAAAAAUCGUCACGAGAAAGUUCAAGGGAACUGUAUCAAUCUGAUCGGACAGAAAGUUCAAGGAGUUUUUUUUAGUUUCUUGAGAUGCUCAAAGCACAUAAGGAGGGCAUCAGGCGAGCCUGUGUGGCAAUUGUGGCUGAAAUCCGCUCUCCCUUCUCGUGCUUGUUUAGGUGAUACUGUUUUUAUACCACUUUUGGUGGGCAGUUUCUCUUAUGCAUUGAUGCCUCAAAUUGAGGACCAUUUUCAUUUCACUUUUGUAAUGAUUUGCCAUUUGGUUUCUCUUAUGUGUUUCCUCCAUUUGCUUGAGAGUAUUUUAUGACUCUUCCCAUGUGCCUCGUCAUCUAUGUAAUUUAUUUUCGUACAAUGAAUUUAAGACAACAAAGCAACAAAUUCAAAGCA